AGUCAUGGAGAGAUUCAGUCCACCAGCGGCGUCGUUGAAAAAAAGAAUCAGCCCUCCGAUUGCCUGGAAUCUUGGCCUCACCACCAAGGAGCCGAGGAUUAUCAAAGUGAUCCUUCUGGGUCAUCAGGGUGUUGGAAAAACUGCUUUAGCGGUGCGAUUCGCUACGAAACGUUACAUAGGGGAGUACGACUGCACCAUCGAAAGGGUUUACAAGGUGGACAGUUUCCUGGAUGCGUCAUGGGAGAUAACAGAUCCCCCAGGAUAUCUACCACCUCCGUCCGAGUUGAAAUUGCGGUUUGCAGAUGCUAUCGUUCUCGUUUAUUCUGUAUCGGAUCGUGUCAGCUUCGAUGAAACAUCUCGUCUUCGAUUUCUAGUAUCACACGCAAGGAAAACUAGGAAAGUACCACCGAUAGUGAUCCUCAUAGCGAACAAAGCGGAUCUAACAUAUACACCUGGCGAAAGGGUGGUUUCCACCGCGGAAGGUCGUCAAAGAGCGGAAGAAAUCGAGGCUCAAGCGUUUCAUGAAAUUUCUGUCAGAGAAUCAGUCGAACAGGUCAUGGCCGUCUUCACAGACAUCUUCAAACUGUUGACGGAAUUGCCUGGUAAUUCUGGCCAACAGACGAAUUCCUUCAGGGUGAGAGCUUCUACCGAUGGAACAUUGGACGCUCUUCGACGUCCAUCACCUAUACCUCUUAAAAGAAGAUUCAGUAUAUCAGUUCGAGGAACGCUUCAUUGACUAAAAGAGACCUCAGAGCUCAAUUUGUGUACCUCGAUGAGAAGUUUGUGUUCUAAUUCUUCGUGUUUUAAAAAUUGUUGACUGUUGAUUGUCAAUUUCCAUUGUAACGUAUUAUUACCUUGAGAUAAAUUUUUUAAAAUUGUUUAAAUUUGAUUGUAAAUCAAUGAGAUUCGUCAAUUUGCAUCUCCUUUUAAAAAUAUAGAUCUUUGAAUGAACAGUCUUUUUUAAAUUUUGAUCUUGCUGUAAAUAGUUAAUAAGAUCUACAAUACUUUCUACAAUACUUUCUCUUGUGAAU